GGAAACCUUCGAUUUCGGACAAACCCAAGAUUAGACGUCGCUUUUAAAAAUCAUCAAUUCCACGUUAUAGACAUCUUUUUUAAUUCCAGGACCAUUGCCCAUUGCGCCAAAAAUGCGCUCUACCUCUCUGCCCCAGGAGAUCAUUCUCUUGUUAUGCCAAGAGCUUGCUGCGCGUCGUGACUUUGGUACCCUUUUCAGCUGUUCUCUCGCCAGUAGAAGAGUUGCGUCCAUCGCCUUGGAACAGAUCUAUAGUAUCCAAGAAUUAUCCUCGAUUAGCACCGGUGACGAUAAUAAUCGGCUCGAAUGGGCACGAUUAUGGAGAUCUAUCAUUCUCUCCAGUAUUGGGGAAACCGCAUAUCCCUAUUGCGUCUAUGUUCGCUCCCUCUCAAUUGGCAAUCUAGACGAUUGCCUUAGAGAUAUUCACCAAGAGACACGAGUUAGAAACUUCUUUUUUGAAGGUCCUAUGGAACAAUUCUAUGUGGUACGAGAUGGACGCCCGGCUAUCGCGACUAUAAUGAACAAGUGCGCCGAUUCCAUCAUCAAACGCAUAAAGAUGUCGGCAGAUUCGAGAGGUGCAACAGUAGCUUUGGAACAUUUAGAAGGGACUCAUAUUCCUCACGAUAUAUUGCCCGGUUGGAUAGCACAGCUUCGCGGUCUGAGGUCUCUACGUAUUAGAGACGGGUCGGUGCUCGGUCUUGAUGCUGCCAGAGCCAUAUCUCAAUACUGUCCUAACUUUGCGGACCUGACCUGCUACUAUUACGUUAGCUCCGAUGCCGACGACGAUCUGGCUAGUUUUUUCUUGACACUCCGCCCCAAUAGCCUUCGAAGUUUUGAAAUCAUCAGUAAGAAUGAAAUUGGUCCGAACACUUUGAUGGCGCUGAAUUCCCAUGCGAAAUCUCUUCGGAGCCUCUCACUCAGAAGCAUAACCGUACAAGCUAAGAAAGCUCUCCACCAAUUAUUCAGUUGCACUGGUCUAGAGACGCUUGUAAUCGAGAACAGCGGUCUUUACAACUGGGUAGACAUGGAAGACUACGGCGAAGGGGUACUCAAAGGGAUAAUUGCUUGGAUAAGCAGUUGCAAAUCCCUUAAAGACCUAAGCUUACACGUCCCGCAAGCUUUAAUUAUAGGUAAUGGGGUAUUAAUGGCGCCCGACAUCCGCCUCACCUCAUUAUCCAUGUUGGAUAUUGGAUUGGUAUCCGAAGAAGCAGAGAACUUAGACUGGGCUGUGCUUCGCUCACAAGAUCGCCUCAAAUCUUUGACCCUCGGUCUAAUGAGCAAUUUGAACACAAACGGUCUCAUCAUUGACCAGGGCAUGAGAUUGGUGGAUUCGAUCUGUCUACUGAAGAAUCUGACGUCCCUGAAUCUUAUGCUGUCGUAUGUCACGGCUGUUGAAGUAACUCAAUUUGCUUUGUCGCUACCAAACCUCUCCGAAUUCAGCUUCAGCGGCGACAUGAUGGACGAUACUAUACUAAAACAUCUAGGCCGUCUUUCCAAGUUGAAGGUUCUUUCUGUCAAUGCUCUCUCUGCUUUUAGCUUCGACGGGCUAUAUGAUUUUGCCGCGAAGCUUAACACGCCGGAUCAUAUGGGGAUUAGGGUGGAUAUCUUGAACCAGGUGGGAGAACUCAAAUUCAGGGAAUCCGACUUCGCGCAGUUACAACAGUACUUUAUGGGAACGCUCCAAGGUCGAAUCGAGAUUACCUACUUUAUGGACCCGGACGAGCUUCAUGAGACGGAUUUCUCGGACACCGAGUAGUAUGUAGACGCUGAAUAGGUACGAUUUAGGCACUGGGCUUAAUUCCGACAUUGAGCAGAAUGAAUAUCUUACUCGCGCUUACGUUUGAGGAUCACAUUACUUAGAGUAUUAGGAAAUUUAACUGUGGUGUUAUUAUCAAGGUACCUAACCUAGCUCAUGUAGACACCCCAGUUCAUUCAUUCCUGGCUUAUUAAACCAGGUUCCUUCGUAUCAAGACGACCCAUCCCGGCACCUUGCUUCUGACUUCAUUCGUCCUUAGGACUUCUUCAUGCUGCUGCGUUCUUAGUUGAACACAUCGCCAUCAGCCAUGUUCUCCGCGCUCAUAAUGAACGUGACAUGUUCGUCAUAAAUGUCAUCGUCCUCGUCGGAAGAACAGUCCUCGU